AAUACAUUAUAUUAGAUCAGAAAAAUGAAAAUUUUGGCAUUCCAUUAUCUGAAGAACAGAUUGUUGCCAUGCUCAAAGAAAACAAUACUAUUUCUAGUGAUGAAGGCAAGAAGAUUAUUAUUUCAGUAACUAGUUCCGAGGCUCUAGGUGCAUUUGAUACAAUUUUUGACUAUUUAGAACAAGAUGAUAAUCAAGAUAUUAUUGAUAAAAUACAUUUAAAGCAAUGA